GGACUGCUAAGUGAAGUUAGCCAAUUAAAGCGUUUAAGAGAGGGCCCCCAUUUCGCUUAUGCAUCCAGAACAUCACCCUGUAUCUACCUAUUCCUAAAAAGGAAGGCGAAAAACUUGGACCGGCCGGGCCUCCGUAUAAAAGAGUGUUUACCAAUUUUCUCUGUAUGAUAGCCAUUGUCAUCAAUCAACACUGGACAAAAGCGUCAAUUGUUCGAAAUGGCAAACAGCAAUCACUGUCCUAGUCCUUUUGUUCGAACAUAUACACCAGAAAGCGUUAAAGACUCAGACAGUACUAUGACCGAGGGCUAUAUUACCCCUCGCGAUUUCAUCGUCUUUCGGCGUCUCUUUCGUUUUAUCACACCACUCAACGUUCUUUCCGCUUUGACAAGCAGUGCGGCUAUUGGAGUCUUACAGUUUUCAGAGUUCCAUCCUACAACUACUCCUCUAAAUCAUGCCGCGGAGGGCUUACUUGUCAACUGCGCCAUAUCAGCAGUUGUCUCGAUCAUGCUAGGGACAAUGCUUUUGUUCCGUUUUGAGUCGCAUGAUACUGCGUUAAAGAAGCAUUAUGCACUUUUGUGGUUCCCUUUGGUCUUGCUUGAUUGGUCAAUCGUAGCACUUCUCCUUGCUUUAACGUUAUGGUAUGUGGAUAGGAAUUAUAAUUGGAGGGGCAUUGUGAUAUGCUCACACAUGGGAUUCUUACUGCUUUUCUCGAUAUGGGUCAGCGUGAGAAUGUUUCACACCAUGAAGAGGAAAGGGGGUCUAGGACUUGCGGAAACGGAAGAAGGAGGGCGUGCAGAAGUCGCGUAGGUUAGUUUCAAAAUAAAAGCAAACGACUUCUUUGAAGGCCCAGACAAGCCGAGCACAGCAAUGAAACCAGC